UUUCCCCUUAUUCACCUUCACCCUCAAUACAUAAGAAUCCCUAAAAAUCCUAGUCAGCAAAUGCCAUUGAACUAAAUUAUCGCGGGUUCCACACCAAAGGUUCAGGCCCGGGUCACACAAAAUUUCAAAGGAUUUGGGAUUGGCAAGCAUGUUUUCUCAUGGUAACCAUUUCGAAUCCUAGUCAGCACAUCUGAUCUCUUGCUCACUAUUGACCAUUGAAAUUUGUGGCCCCCAACUGUUUGAUCAAAUGAGUCUUAGACUCCCAUGGGAUACAAAACAACAGAAACCUACCUGACCCAAUCUUUUCUAGCACUCUCUAGCUAGCUACAAUGGCCACACCCUCAAACACCAACUUUAACUCCCAUAUCUCAGGAAAACAGAGCAUUAACCAAAAAGCUUUAGCUGCAGAACAGUUUCCUUGGUGGUUUUCACCAGAAACGGGAAUUUACCAAAGCAAACACCUUUCCAUUGACCUCCCAUCAGACCCUUUUCUUGAUAUUGUCUCCUUCAUUUUCUCACACCAGCAUGAUGGGGUUUCCUCAGCUCUCAUUGGUUCCUCUUGUGGGUCUGCAAUAUCUUACUCACAGCUCUACUCUUCUGUCAAGUCCAUGGCCUCUGGCCUCCAGCAAAUGGGAAUCUCACAAGGUGAUGUUGUUUUGCUUCUUUUGCCAAAUUCCAUUUACUAUCCCAUUGCUUUCUUGGGUGUUUUGUACCUUGGUGCUAUUGUCACAACCAUGAAUCCCCUCAGCAAUCUAGCAGAAAUCAAGAAACAGAUUGCUGAUACCAAAGCAUGUCAUGCUUUUACUGGACCUGAGAAUGCUGAUAAAUUACAAGCAUUGGGCAUUCAUGUAAUUCUGGUACCCGCAAAUGCAAUUUCGGGGUUGAAGGGUUCUUCAAAGGACAUUUUUUCAGUUUUUUAUAAGCUUAUUUAUAGUAGGUGUUAUUUGGCUCUAAGACCAGUGAUUAAGCAGCAAGACACUGCUGCAAUAAUGUAUUCGUCCGGGACUACUGGUGUAAGCAAAGGUGUUAUGAUAACACAUAGGAAUUUCAUUGCUACAGUUGCCCAUUUUGUGCGUUUUGAGGCUUCACAGUAUGAGGCUUCAAGCUUGGAUAAUGUGUAUUUAGCUGUUCUGCCAUUGUUUCAUAUCUACGGGUUGUCGCUUUUCGUGAUGGGGUUGUUGUCUUUAGGAUCUAGAAUUGUUGUGAUGAAGAGAUUUGAUGUCAAUGAGGUGAUCAGGGCAAUUGAUAGGUAUAAAGUUACACACUUCCCAGUUGUUCCACCAGUAUUGACAGCAUUGACAAAAAGAGCCAAGGAUGGCUUGGCCCCUCAUAGCCUCAAGAGUUUAAAGCAGAUUUCUUGUGGUGCAGCUCUGUUGAGCAUGAAAACCAUAGAGGACUUUGUUCAAACCUUUCCUCACAUCGAUCUCAUUCAGGGCUACGGCAUGACUGAGACCACCGCGGUAGGAACUCGUGGUUUCAACACCGAAAAGCUUAGGAAACCCUCUUCAAUAGGGGUUUUAGCUCCAAACAUGCAAGCUAAAGUGGUGGACUGGAACACUGGAUCCCCUAUGCCUCCAACAAGUACCGGUGAGCUAUGGCUACACGGACCGGGGAUUAUGAAGGGCUACUUGAACAAUGCCAAGGCAACAUUGUCAACAAUUGAUGAAGAGGGCUGGCUACACACCGGAGACAUUGUGUUUUUUGAUGAAGAUGGAUACUUACAUCUACAAGACCGCUUAAAAGACGCGAUCAAAUACAAGGGCUUUCAGAUUGCUCCUGCAGAUUUAGAAGGUGUGCUGAUCAACCAUCCUGAGAUACUUGACGUUGCUGUGGCAGGUGCCAUGGAUGAAGAAAGUGGAGAGGUUCCUGUGGCUUUUGUGGUGAGGAAGCACAGAAGUGAACUAAACCAUGAUGCUGUCAUGGAUUUUGUGGCUGCACAAGUUGCUCCAUACAAGAAGGUCAGGAAGGUGGUGUUUGUAGAUUCAAUUCCAAAGUCUCCAGCUGGGAAGAUCUUAAGAAGGGAGCUUAGGAAGUUUUUGAAUUCUAGACUCUAGGACAAGUUUAGAUUGUCUUCUGGUUUUUGUAGUGGGGUUUUAUCACAUUUUCUAGGGAAACCAAACAAAAACAAGGAGAGAUAAAAACAAGGAAGUUCGAAUAAAUAACAGACCUUUCCAGUGCCGGCCAU